CCCCCAACCUUCACUUUCCUUUCAAAUCUCCAAUAAGUAUACUCUCUGAUCGAAAGCUUAAUUAAAGCAUCAUCACAGCGUAGAGUUGAAGAUGAAGGGAGGUUUGCUUGUGGACGAUGAAUUUAUUCACGAAGAAGAAAGGAGCCUGACUGUUCGGAAAACUUCUCUGUUUUUCGCCGGCGAUGGUUUCACGGUUUACGACUGCAAGGGACGUUUGGUCUUUCGGGUGGACUCUUACGGCGGUCCCAACACCCGCGACACCGACGAGGUUGUCCUCAUGGACGCUCACGGCCGUUGUCUCCUCACCCUCCGACGAAAGAGGCCGAGUUUGCGACGGAGAUGGGAGGGGUAUCUCGGGGAGAGAUCGGACGGCCAGAAACCGAUAUUCGGGGUCAGGAGAUCGUCGAUAAUCGGGAGGAACAGUGUGACGGUGGAGGUGUACGGGGACUACCAGUGCAGCGAGUACCUGAUAGAAGGUAGUUUCGGGGCAAGGAGCUGCACGGUGGUGGAGGCGGAGACGAGGCGGAAGGUGGCGGAGGUAAGGCGCAAAGUGGACGCGUCAACGAACGUGAUGCUUGGGAAAGACGUUUUCUCGUUGAACGUGAAGCCCGGUUUUGAUGGAGCCUUUGCCAUGGGAUUGGUUCUUGUGCUUGAUCAAAUCUACGGCGACGAUCUCCUUGAGGUUGGUGAGGAACAGGUGCACCCUUCCGCAGAAGAUCUCUGAUUUGAUUUUUCUCCUUCUUUUUUGUUUUCUUCUUUUUUGGUUGGACGCAAAACCGAGUGGAAAAUAAUAAUUAUUGUGAGUUUCU